AGGCAAUAGGCGCCGUUUCUCACGCUCUCGGCGCAUACUCCCGUCAACUAAUCCUUUUUUUAAUAGUUAAAGAAACGGCCUUGCUCCGCCGCAAUGGAGUCAAGCCACGUGUUUGCGCGCUGAUCCCUCUUCUCAUACGAGUGGGGGAAGUCUUCUAUCUGACCAAUAAAUAAAAAAAGGAAAGGUACAACUCGUCCCUUUUUAUGGCCGAAGCAGACUGGGCAUUACCGGCACGUUCGUGGACGCAUAACGCACGAUGGUGCAGUACUUCGUCUGCUCUAAACUGCGCGACAUGUCUUUUUAUAGUACACCACGAAUGGACGGCUAAUCCGACCUGCCCGAUGCCCGUUAUUCCCCAAGCGGAGGGCUAUGACACACACGGCCCUCCCUGA